AUGCGUUCUGUUGGUUUCCUCAAGCUGCUUGCUGCGGCAGCAGCCUUGGCUCCCAUGUCGGCAGCUUCUCCCAUCGAGCAGCGCAGUGACCUCGUCAAACGAGCUGCCCCGAUCUCCCCCAAGGUCGUCAUCAUCAGCAUGUUUGCCCCCGAAGCUGAGGUUUGGUACGGCAUCAAGGAGUUCGACCUCCUCGCCCAGAACAUCACCGUCUCGGGACUCUCGCCGCUGUUCCCAGAAGUCCACUGCACUGCCAAAGGCGACGUCUGCCAGGUGGUGACGGGCGAGUCGGAAAUCAACGCCGCCUCGACCAUCAGCGCCUUUGUGCACAGUCCCAAGUUCAACCUCACCAAGUCAUACUUCAUGGUCGCGGGCAUUGCGGGCGUUAACCCCAAGGUGGCUACACUGGGGGCCGUGACUUUUGCCAAGUACGCGGUCCAGGUCGCGCUGCAAUACGAGUUCGACAUCAGAGAUAUACCCUCGAACUUCACGACCGGUUACAUUCCGUUUGGCGUCGAUGCACCGGAUGACUAUCCUGCAACGAUCUACGGCACCGAGGUGUUCGAAGUCAACGAAGCCCUCCGCGACGUGGCCAUCAGCCUGGCCUCGGGCGCCAAGCUCAACGACAGCACGGCCAGCCAAGACUACCGGGCCAAGUACGCGGCCGAGAGCAUCUACGCGGCGGGCGCGAAGGGACCGAGCGUGGUGGGUUGCGACGUGGCGACGUCGGACGUGUACUACUCGGGGACGCACCUGUCGGAGGCGUUCGAGAACACGACGACCAUCUGGACGAACGGGUCGGGCGUGUACUGCACGACGGCGCAGGAGGAUAACGCCAGCCUGGAAGCCAUCAUGCGCGCGGCGGCCACGAACCUGACUGACUUCUCGCGCGUCAUCGUCAUGCGCACCGCCUCCGACUUCGACCGCCCGCCCCCGAGCAUCAGCCAGAUCCAGAACCUGCUGUACGUCGACCAGGGCGGCUUCGAGCCCGCCAUCCAGAACAUCUACCUGGCCGGCGUGCGCGUGGUCGAGGGCAUUCUGGACGGCUGGAACAGCACCUUCGCCAAGGGCGUCGCCCCCACCAACUACGUCGGCGACAUCUUCGCCACCCUGGGCGGCACCCCGGACUUUGGCCAGCCCAGCGCCUUCAUCACCAAGAAGAAGAAGAGAGACGUCGGCGCGCAUGAGGCGGAAUUCCGGGGCAAUCUCAGGAUGAAGAGGGCCGCUGAGAGCGCGAGACGUCGUCUGGCCGUGGCCGAGGCCAUGGAUGCCAUGUCUUGA